AUGUCCGCGCCCGAGCAAGACCUCGAGGACUUGCUGGCCGCCGUCGAGGCCCUGCACGAGGAGACUCCUGCCGUGGCCUCCCCACAGCUGGGGAGCCCGCAGGCAAGCGCCGCUGGCUCCGCGCCUGCCUGUCCUUCUUCGGUGUCGCGCUCGGCCGGAGGGGACUUGCGCGCGGAUGACGGGCGUUUGGCGCGUCGGGACGGCUCGGCGCCAGGCGACGGAGAAGGUCCUCGAGACGCCCCACGAAGUGUGCAGCCCUCUGCCGCACCUGGCGCCGCCGUCGCCGUCGCCGCAGUCCCUGGUGGGCAGGGCGAGGAGAGCUUGCGGCGCGGGGAGCAGCGCGUCGUGAACGACCCCUUCGAGCUUGACGCCUCGCUGGGGGACUUCUUCGACGAGGCGCUCCCAGCCACUGGCUUGGAGACCUGGGCAGACUUCCUCUCGCGCCGCACUCGCGAUGGAGACCAUGCGGCGGUUGCUGUCGCCGCAGCGCCCUCGUCGCGGCCUCCACCGGCUUCGGUCUCCGCGCCCUCCGGCUCAGCCCGCGCCGCGCGCCUGUCUCCUCUCGCGCGGGGCCCCCCGAUCUCGCCCCCGCCGCUGCGCCGCGCGCCUCUCCUUGUCUCUCAGGCAGCUCCACUUUUCCUUCCGGCGGGCGCGUCCAGCGCGGCGCCCGGCGCGUGGGCUCCUACUCCGCCGCGGCGGCGCGAUACGGAACACUGCGCGGAGCGCGGAGGGCACGCGGACACGCAAGGCGCGCGUCCGGCGGCGGAGAACGGUCCACAUGCGGCGCUGUCUCCGUCUCGAGGGUCGCCUCAGCUGCCGCGGCGACGGCCUCUCUCCCUGGAGGACUACUUUUCCAGCCGCGAGCAGACGCGACGGAGGCGCGCAGACGGGUCCGCCGAGGCAGGUGGAGGGGAGGGGCACCCCCAGUUCGCCGCAAGGGGGCGCGCGGAGGCGGAGACGUCGCCGCUCACGCCGCGCGCGCCACCCGUGGCCGCCUCGCGACCGAGGACGCCGUUGGCGGCGGCUUCCACAGGCGGGGCUUCGUCUUCUUCCGGUGCGCCGCAGCUUCUUCUUCGGGAGACCGAAGGGGCGAGGAGGGCGGAGCUUCCUCUCGGGGGCGACGCCGCGGACAGUCCCUUGCAGGCCUCUGUCGCUGCGUCUGUCUCUCCCCUCGCGGCUUCGGCCCUCGCGCGCCCUCCUCCCUCGUCCAAGUCGUCUUCUCCGCAUCCUCCUCUCCCUCGAGCGCCGCUGCAGCUGCCGCCGCGCCUCUCUCAGGCCUCGCCGCUGUCGCCGCCUCGCUCGCCUUCGGCGUCCGCCGCGCGCCUGCCGCCGAGCGGGGCUCCCCCGCUGCGGACCGCUCCGCCGUCGCCCGGCGCAGCGACCCUGGCUAGGCGAGAGGCCGCGCGGGGAACCGCGCCGUCGCCGAAGAAAGAGCCGCUUGUGUCUGAACAGGAGGGGCGCACGGCGCUUUCCGCGAGACUCGUCGGCGUGGCGUUCCGCGUCUUCGAGAGAGAAGAGGAAUGCUCCGUCUGCCUGACAGAGCUCGAAACCGUAAAUGAAGUCGCCACGGUCGACGACUGUCGCCACUCCUUCUGUCUCGGUUGCAUCUCCAGGUGGGUUCGCCAGAGCCGCUCCUGUCCCCUCUGUCGGGGCCCCACCACGACUGUGUCCCUCUGGAAGGCCCGCGGCCGAGCCGCGGCGCGCCCGAACGGAAGGGCGACUAAGGCGAGAGGGAAGCCGCGAGGCGAGGGGGAAGACGGCGAGGCUUGGAGCGGCGGCCGAAGGCGCUUCGCCUACUCGCGGCGGCUGCAGCCGGAUGACAACAACAUUCUCAAGCCUGUGGGCCUGGCCUCAAAGCAGGCCAGCGGCACGUCGCGCGGCGGCAGGGGCUCCCGCCAGGGCGCGUCCAGGCGCGCAAAGGCCGCGCCGAUGAGUCGGCCUGCGCUGCGAGCUCCGCCGGUCGCACCAGCCCCUUCUUCGCCUCCUGUCUCUUCUGUCUCUGGAGCCGCGGUGACAGCUGCCGGACGCGCAGGCGACGCAGUCGGCGGGUCCGCGGCGCCCGGGGCAGCGCCCUGGGACCGCGGCCUCGCGCAAGCAGCGACGAGAGGCGUGGGCGCGGAAGCGAGGGCGCAGGAAGCUUGA